GGUAAAUAAAUAAAUACAUAUAACGCGUGUCCCUUCAAAGAGGCUCUUAAGGAUACAGACACAGGGACACAAUACAAAUACAUGAAACACAGAACAAAGCAAUACAGAUAUAUAAUAUAAACACAUAACAAGGCCAUACAGACACAUGGACACAGAAUAAGGCCUUCCCGAUCCAACCAGAUGGGUUGCAUACCAUAUCAGAAGCAGCUAAUCAAGUGUGUUAGAGCAGGCAAUCUAGCGCAGCUGCAAAGUCGAAUGGAGUCCUUCGAUGAUGUAAAUGCACAUGAUACGAGCGGAGCAACUCUACUGCAUCACGCACUUCGCAGAGGUUAUCUAGAUAUUGCGCACUAUUUGUGUGAGCACGGGUGCAACAUUGAAGCUAGAGACGACAAUGGAAGGCAUCCACUGCACGAGGUGGCCUCGCACGGUAUUAAAGGAGGAGUGGAGCUGUUAGUACUUUAUGGUUGCGAGAUCGAUCCCCUCAAGCAUGCAGACUGGACACCCUUGAUGAUAGCAUGUACGACAACGCACUUUGCGGUGAUUCAGGCCCUCGUCGAGGCCGGGGCAAAUCUCCAGCUAUACAAUAAAGACGGUUGGACUCCCCUGCAUCUAGCCUGCCGUGUGGGUGAUGUCGAUAUCGUUAGCUACCUCAUGGACAAACGCCAGGAUGAAGAUGUGGACCUGUGGAAUCGUGCAGCACACAAUGGUAGAACUCCGAUACACACAACCGCAGCUCAUGGCCAUGUUCGAGUGCUUGAAAUCCUAUUCGAUGCGUGUAGGCAGGUCGGUUACGAUCUCACUUCAAUUGUCAACAUCCAAGAUUCGAGCGGUAACACGCCCCUCAUGUGCGCAGUGACUUCGAGGUCUAUAAAGGCUGUCGAUUUCAUCUGUAGAAAACAUGAAGGAAUAGUAUCUUUGGGUGCCAGGGACAAGAAUGGAAGGCAAGCUCUACAUGUUGCUUGCUUAAUCAAUGCGCCCGAAAUCACUCGCUUGCUGCUAAAACAUAGUGCAGAUGUGAACGCGCGCGAUAACAAGAGCAUAUCUCCGUUACAAUUGGCAGCGAGGGAGGGGCAUGUGGAAAUCUUGGAAGUUUUGACUGAUACGAGUCUCUGCGAUUUGGCAGCAAAGGAUUGUUACGAUCAAACAGCUGCCGAUGACGCAUUAAAAUUUGGGAAAAUGGAUGCUUUUGAAUAUUUGAAAUCCAGGCCAGAAAAUGUGCCGGAAAACUGAAAGCAUAAUCGGAAUCCGAGCAAUGUACGAUAGGGAGUGCAGUUAGUCUUGCGAACUAUCCUAUCCACCUAUCAAAUCGUCUUGCAGAGCGAAUAUCAUUAGGGCAAGCUCAUUUUCGAACGGAAAAAUCGUUGAUAUAUUUUCCUGGGGGAAAGUACGAAAAUGCUCAUAUAUGCACAUUUGAUUGUAUGGAUAUUUCAACCCACUUACGUAUUGAGAGACCUACUCAUGCGCUUUGAUAUAGAGCUCAGUCGAAUGGUAAAUGAGAUGGCGCUAAUGCCCCGCUCACAAGGGAAAGCUUUGUAUAGGACGCUUUUAGCAAGUCGAAAACGUAACUGAAUGUCAAACGAUGUGGUUAUUCCGGGUAAAAAAAUGUAGCCAGGAAUGAGGGAGGAAGUCUAUAUGUCAAACAAGAAUUAAAGCUAUUGAACUUCG